CAUUCAAAUUGACCAAUCAGCAUAUCCAGAUUGUACCACGUGACCUACUUAGUUUUAAAAUUUCGAAGUCGGUUAGUUCCGCACGUCUGCCUGAAGACUGUUGUUGUGGUAUCGAUAUUCCGAGGACAUUUUUGAUAGUUUUCCGACUCACAACGCAAACGACAUUAACGGUGAUACUAUUGAGAAAUUGCAAUCAUGGCAGACGAUGAGAGUGAAUGGAGGAAGCUGCCCACAGAUGACAAGUGUGUACACAAAGUAUGGAAGGCACGUUUGGCAGGGUACGAAGAGGCCACCAAACUCUUCCAAAAGCAGACAAACGAGAAAUCACCAGAGUUCUCCAAAUAUCUAGGUUUGUUGAAAAAGUUUGUGACAGACAACAAUGCAAUCGCCCAGGAAAAAGGCCUGGAGGCUGUGCUAGCUUUUGUAGAGAAUGCUGCGGAUGCAAAGAAGACGGCAGGAGAAGUCAUCCCUGGCAUUGUGACCAAGGUCCUGAAUGCACGACCUAAGACAAAGGAAAAGGGAAUGGAGAUCUGCAUGAUGUAUAUAGAGAUAGAGAGACAAGACAUAGUCCAGGAAGAGAUCAUGAAGGGGUUUACCAACAAGCAACCCAAGGUGGUAGCAGCCUGCAUUCAAGUUCUUACAGAGGGUCUAAGAUGCUUUGGAAACAAAAUCCUGCCCAUCAAACCUGUGGUGAAAACCCUGCCCCCAUUACUGGAGCACAAGGACAAAACUGUGCGAGAGGAGGCCAAACAGCUGAGUCUGGAGAUCUACAGAUGGAUCGGUCCAGCCUUUGUUACUGCUCUGCAGGGAGUCAAGCCUGUAGUGAUGAAGGAGCUGGAAGAGGAGUGGGAGAAGCUGCCCAAGAAGCCUGCUCGCCAGACUAGGUUCCUGCGCUCCCAACAGGACCUGAGGGCCAAGAUGGAGGCUGAGGAAGAUGGGGAGGAGGAGGAGGAUGAAGGUGGAGAUGAUGACAGUGAGGCACAGGCUGAAAUUGACCCCUACGAACUCUUAGAUCCAGUAGAAAUCCUGUCCAAGGUUCCUAAGGACUUUCAGGAGAGUAUGGAGAGCAAAAAGUGGCAGAUCCGUAAGGAGGCUCUUGAUGCCCUCCAUAAGCUGUGUCAGAACCCCAAACUGGAGGCUGGGGACUACGGAGACAUUGUCAGGAUUCUCAUUAAGACUGUAGGUAAAGACUCCAAUGUGAUGUUGGUGACUGUAGCGGGAAACUGUAUGACAGGACUCGCCAACGGUCUGCGUAAGAAGUUCUCGCCGUACGCUGUGCAGUGUAUAAAGGUCAUCCUGGAGAAGUUUAAAGAGAAGAAGGUCAACGUGGUGACAUCCCUGAGAGAAGCCAUUGAUGCUAUCUUUCUCACUACGACUCUCCAAGCUUUCUCAGAGGAUUACCUGGCAGCAUUGGAUAACAAGAACCCGUCCAUCAAGGCAGAGACGGCCCUGUUCCUGACCCGCUGUCUGAAGAGAAGCACCCCGGCUCAGGUGCCCAAGGCCAUCCUCAAACCCAUGUGUGCAAGUCUGGUCACUAGAACAGGUGACACUGCCCCAGAUGUGCGUGAGGCAGCGUUUGAAGCCAUCGGGACCGCCAUGCGGCUGGUGGGAGAGAAACCCAUCGCACAAUUCCUGGCAGAACUGGACCAGAUCAAGAUGGGGAAGAUCAAAGACUACAGUGAAAAGGCAGAGAUUAUAGGAGGAGGGAAGAAGCCAAAACCUAAGGAGCCUGCCGCAGCUAAAGAAGCCCCCAAGAAGUCUGGAGGACCCCCAAGUGCCUGGAGGAAGGGGGCACCUGGUGGGCCGCCGAAGGCUGCAGCCUCCCAGAGGCCUUCCACGGCUCCUGCCAAAUCCAAGGGUGGAGCUGGCAAGGGCAAGGGGAAGAAAGGAGCGACGUCUUCUGUUUCAGACAAACCUGAGUUCCAGGAGACUGCCUUGUCUGACGAGGAGGUUGCAGAGAAAGCAGGUGAGCUAUUCUCUGCAGAGACUCUCAAACAGCUGGAGAGUGCCAACUGGAAGGAGCGGCUGGCAGGGAUGGAAGACUUUGCACAGGCUGUAAAGACCAUGGAGCCAAAGACCCUCCCCUGCCAAGUCAUCAUCAAAACCAUUGCCAAGAAGGGAUGGAAGGAGAGCAACUUCCAGGUACUGAUUGCCAAGUUCCAGCUGGUGAAGUAUGUUGUGGAGAACGGGAAGAUUUCUCACGGCGUGGCCAAGGUGUGUCUGACGGGGCUGGUGGAGAAGGUGGGAGACAUCAAGGCCGGGACGGUCGCCAAGGAGGCGCUGACAGCGCUCGCCGAGGCCACGGCGCUGGACUAUGUCAGCCAAGGGGGAGUAGAGAUGGUUUUCAAGCAGAAGAACCCAAAGAACCAGGCUGAGACCCUCAACUGGCUGAACCAGGCUAUCAAGGACUUUGGUUUGAAGGUUUCUGUAAAGCCAUUUAUCCAACAUCUGAAGACAGCCCUAGCUGCAACCAAUCCUGCCAUUCGCACAGCAGGCAUCAACCUGAUCGGAGUGCUGUCCAUGUACAUGGGUGCACAGCUCCGCAUCUUUUUUGAGGACGAGAAACCCGCUCUUCUACAGCAGAUCGAUGCUGAGAUUGAAAAGAUGUCAGGAGAGAAGCCCCCCGCCCCCACCAGGGGGUUGCGGAAGAAGUCAGAGGGGGAGGAAGGCGGGGAUGAAGAGGGGGAGGAGGAGGAGGAUCAGGCUGCUGCCAUCAACAUAGAGGACCUGGUACCCAGGACAGAUGUGAGUGAGAGGAUGAGACCUGAACUCAUGAAUGAGCUUGGAGAUAAGAACUGGAAGGUUAGAAAAGAAGCUCUGGAAAAGGUAUCUGGAAUCCUGGAGGAGGCCAAGUUCAUCACCCCUAGCCUUGGAGACCUGCCUAGUGCACUGAAGGCCAGGCUUGGAGAUUCCAACAAAAUACUGGUCAUAAACACCUUGACUAUCUGCACCACUAUUGCCACGGCGAUGGGACCAAACAUUCGGCAGCAUGUCUGUGUCAUUGGCCCUGGUAUCCUACAGACGUUGGGAGAUAGCAAGGAACAUGUGCGCCAGGCAGGACUGGCAGCCCUGAAUGCUGUUGUAGAGCAGACAGGCAUCACACCCUUCAUGGAGAACGAGAUGAUGUCGGACGCCCUACGCUCCACCUCACCCAUGCUCAAGAUUGAGUUGUUUGGUUGGUUGGCUGUGAAACUGAUGACAGUGAAGACCUGUCCGCCCGACCUGAUCAACUGCCUGCCCAUGCUGUACGCUUCCCUGGAGGACCGCAAUGCAGAUGUCCGCAAAAACGCCCAGGCCGCCGUGGUUCCCUUCAUGUAUCACCUCGGAUACGAGAAGAUGAAUCGUGCUGUUGGGAAACUCUCCGCUUCCUCCAAGACUAACGUGUCUGCUAUCCUGGAGAAGGCUCGAGGAGAGGUUCCCGCCAAGCCCAGUAAGAAGGGGAAGGGAAAGGCCAGCUCUCCCCCGUCAGACGAGGGGGGUAGCGGGAGCAGCGCAGAGACACGCCGACCGAAAACUGCACCUGCCAAGUCAAAGAGAGAGGAGGAUUCUGGGAGUGCUAAGGAGGCGAAGCAGGCCGAGCCUGCCCCUAAGUCUGGCCGCCCCAAGUCUGGCAUUGCUAAAGCAAAUGCAAACAAGGGUGGUAUGGCAGGAUCUAAGAAGAAGGGUAGUAACCAGAGCCUAGCUGAUGAGGACACAGGCCCACCACUUAUGCUGAACAACGAGAAGAAACAGAGGAUCAAGGAUGAGAAAACCCUAAAGGUGCUGAAGUGGAAUUUCAGCAGUCCAGAGUCUGACCACAUAGAGCAGCUGCAGAAACAGCUGACCACCUGCGUCAGUAAGACCGUGUACACCCAGUUCUUCCACUCUGACUUCAAACGUCACCUAGCAGCCAUGGACACCCUCAUUGCGGCUGUGAAGGACCAGCAGGAGGAGACAGUGGCCCAGCUCGACCUGCUGCUGAAGUGGAUCACCCUGCGCUUCUUUGACACCAACACAACCGUCAACAUGAAGGCCUUGGAGUACCUGACCAUCCUGUUCAACACCCUGGCCGAGAACGAGUACCGUCUCCUGGACAUAGAGGCCAACUCCUUCCUACCGUACCUGGUCAUUAAGGUUGGAGACUCCAAAGACGUGAUUCGGCGUGAUGUCCGCGCCAUCCUGAAGAUUAUCACCAAGGUGUACCCUGCCAGCAAGAUCUUCCCCUUCCUCAUGGACGGGGUCCGCUCCAAGAACGCCAAGCAAAGAGCUGAAUGUAUUGAGGAGCUGGGCUGUCUGAUUGAGGGUUAUGGCCUGAACGUGUGCCAGCCGACCUCAGCAAAGGCCCUGAAGGAGAUUGCCACACAGAUCGGUGACAGGGACAACAGUGUGCGCAACGCCACACUCAACACACUGGUGCAGGCCUAUGCUAUCUGUGGGGAGCAGCUCUUCAAAUUUGUUGGCAGGCUUACAGAAAAGGACCAGUCUAUGUUAGAGGAGAGAAUCAAGCGGUCAGGAGUCCUGGCUAAGCAGGCGGCAGGUAACAGACCGACCACAGCGCCACCCAAAAUCUCACCAGGUGGGAUGGAGGAUGGGAAUGGGGAUGCCAAACCUGGCAGCAAAGAAGAAAAGGCAAUAAGUUUUUACAGGGCAUAUCUGACUCAACUGAAGCAGCUUCAUCGGCAAGCCCAGCAGGGCAGACCUCAGACGGCGCCGUACAAACGGGAGUUCACGCUGGACCUGGAGACCAUCGAGGGAGAUGAGGUCACCGUGUCGGAGCCCGUCCUGGUGGACACAGAGAACACUGUCCGGGAGCUGCUGGAGGAUCCCGUGAACCUCCCGGAGACGAGGAUGCGGCCCCCGUCCCCGUCCAUGGCACUGCUGGGGAACACCACCAGCUCCUCCUCAGCCGUAGACUACGUGAUCUCGCAGGUGGCCAGCAGCGAGGUGCUGACCAGCGUGCAGGCGCUGGCUCAGCUGGACGCUGUGAUUCAGGACGAGGAGAAGUACGAGGCCAUCACGGAUCAUGUGGAUCAGCUCCUGAUCGCCACCCUCCUGCAGCUGCGUAUGGCCAUGAGCAAACACAAUGACAGCUACGACUCUCCCGAGGCACAGGACAUCAUUAAAACUUACAGAUGUGUGCUGGCCACUCUCAUAGCUCUGUUCCAGAACCUGACGCUGGCCUCCCAGGCGUCCAAGGACAUUCUGCGGGACUUGUUCAGCGUGCUGAUCACCCUGCUGCUGGACGAACACCUGCCGCACUACGGAGACGGUCCUCAGGUCAUCCGCUCUGUCAACGUCCUGGUGGUCAAGGUCAUUGAGAAGUCUGACCUCACCAACUGUCUCACAGCCCUGAUCAAGUUACUCCAUGGCUGUGUGGCCAGCGAGACCAGUUCACCCAAGUUCACAGACCUCACCAUGAAGUGUAUCUGGAAGACAACCAAGAUGUUCCCAGAUGUGAUGUCAGAUGCCAGCAUGGACAUCAACAUGGACAAGGUGCUUCUGGACCUGCACAACUUCAUGAAGGCCUUCCCCACGGUCAGCUGGAAGGACCGGCCCUCCGACAUGCCGCUGCGCACCAUCAAAACUGUCCUGCACCUGCUCGCUAUGAUCAAGGGCAACAAGAUCUUCAGCCACAUGACGCUGAUUGACAACCCCCAGGACUCAGAGGUGGAAGGUUACCUGAAGCGAGUCCUCAAGUCCAGUAAAGGGAAAUCUUCUGCAGGCCAGAACAAGCCCAAACACAACGAGCAGAUGAACGGGACAGCAGAGAAGGAGGAGGCAGAGAACAUGCCUGAGGAGAGCUCUAAGCCAACUCCUCGCAAGAUGAACCCAAGAACCAACGACAUGUUAGCAGAGAUCUUCAAGAAGAUUGGGAACAAGGAGAACACGAAAGAGGGACUUGCAGACUUGUAUGACUUCAAGAAGAAGCACCCCGAGGCAGACAUCACCCCCUUCAUGAAGCGGACCUCCCAGUUCUUCCAGAACUACAUCGAGCGUGGUCUGAAGAACAUUGAGCUGGAGCGCGAGGGGAAGAUCCAACCUGGUAGUGCUGUCUCUCAUACUGAUAACCAGUUCCAAAAUGGAGACAAUCUUCCCCUUGCAGAAUCCUUCGGUAGUCUAGACAACCGUGUUUCCAUGGAUACUGACACCGCCACCUCCAAAGUCAUCCAAGAGACGAUGUCGUCUGCCACCAGCUACCGGGAGAGACUCAAGAUCCUACGCCAACGCUGCGGACUUGAGAACUCUGCGGGUGAUGGUCCCCUGCCACAUGCUCCCCCUGUUUCCAGUCAACACGUGGACAGAUCCAAGACUGCUAAAGACUACCCUGAUGUCGUCCCCUCCCCCUCCGAAUCACAGCUGGACCUCCCCCCAUCCAUCCUGUCAGGACCUCCCAUGGACGUUCCCCAACCAGCCAGCAUAUCCGCAAAUGUUGACGACUUGAAACGGCGACUGGAAAGAAUAAAAAAGUCACAAUCACAGAACAGUUAAAGCUGAAGUCCACAUCCCAGAAAACACAUGAACACUGAUUAAGUUCCUGAUUAGGAUCACAUUCAAGUAGAAUGAAUGAUUGGUAUCUCUAUGUUGAAAAGUGUAUGUGUGCCAAGUGCAAAAUUACCUCGGUUUGCCUAUGUAAAAAAAGCUGUGAUCUUGUUUAUAGCUGUACUAUGAAUGAUAAAAUGAUACAUUUAUUUGAUGGUUUGCAUUUAUUUCAUAGCAUAUUUGCAAAUAGAAGGUGACAAUGUUAUGAGUGAGAAAGACAUAGGGGCUUUAGCGGUGACUAUAAGUACUUCAAACAAUUGAUAGGAACAAAGUACGAGCAAAGGUAGUUUUUCUAACAAAGCAGAUGUUCAUAUCUCAAGACAGAAAACUUACAUACUAAGGAAAAAUUGUUUUACCUGUAAGCGUAGUAACUAAUUGAUCAAGUGGAACUAAUGCUCUGCUAGCUGGAUGUUAAUGUAAAUGGCAGCAGCAUGAAAAUUGUGGAGCAAACUAUGCAGUUAAUAGUGGUACAACAGAAAUUUAUGUGCAUUUGGUGUCCCCACCAUUGUUUGUGUGUACAUGUAUGUUUGAAACCUGCCUGCAAUCUCUGUAAAUGUACAUUUUGUUUUCUAUGAAAACAUGCAGUCAUUACACCUUUAGAUAGCAAAAAUUAUCGUCUUCCUUAAUUUUGCCUUCGAUGUACUUCCAUUGCCUAUUAGGCCACUAUUUGUUACAUUUAUGUGUUUAAACUAAAAUAUGUAUGAAAACAUGUAUGGUGCUUUAUUUUUUGUGUGUAAAGAAUAACAUCCUUUAUGUGGCAAGCCAUACUAAUUUGGUGCUUAGAUUUGUUGAUUGUUUUUUGCCUCUUAUUUUACAGUCAGAAAUUGGCAUAUUAAGAGAGUACAGUUUAUGCAUAUACCUCUGUUGUAUUAUAUCUUGACCCUGUCACUACCAUUUGUUUUAUAGCCUGUCCAACUCCUGUCCCUUCUUCAAGCUUACAUGUAUGUUUUGGUUGUAUUCCCCCAAUUUACAUUUCUUAACCUACUCUCAUACAGGUGACUAAUGUAUUCAGAUAUGCUACUUUUGUAUUUGAGCAACAUUCUCAUCAGUGGUGCACUAUUAGGUACAUUUCGUAUGCUAGCAGCUAAUAUUUUAAAAUUACAUCUGUACUGAAAUGUGCAUCUGUGUAAUAAAGAUUAUUUCAGGUUUGAA